UGUGGAGGAGGUUGGAUCUUCCGGUACAAAAAAUCACUAUCUGGAUGGAAAACACAUCAAGGAGCGGAGCUGUUGAGUCCUGCUGAAUUUUCUCCGGAUCCAUUGUCAGUUUGAAGAGAGAUGUUAUAGCUGGAAUCUGUAACAGAUCGGUCCGUCCGACACACCUGGGGUUUUACAGUUCAGAUAGCUGGUGUUAGCUACAAAGCUAUUAAUGUAGCUAAGAUUUUUUUCUCAUGUAUAUAUUGCAGUCUUUCAAUCGAGUUUACAGAUAUAUUCUGAAAGGGGGAAUCUGUUUUGCUGUAUAGUAGAAUAAGCCAUUCCGGGUUUUUUUUUAUUUCAUGGGGAUGUGUUCAAGACAAGAGAGAAUACAAAAAGACGUCGACAUCGUGAUCCAAAGGUGUAAGGCAGAGAAAGACUGCCCGUUUUCCGAUUUCAGAUACACAGACGCCACGUUUACAUUUACAUAUUCCAAAGGAUCUAAAAGGGUUUCAUAUUCAGUGCACGUCUCUGAGGAUUACCCAGACAAUACAUACGUUUCAAAUUCUGAGAAUGAUGACAAUGUUUUAGUCACAAGAGAUCCCAUUCCAGUCAUUUUCCACAGAAUAGCAACAGAAGUUAGAAUAAACAGUGAUGCCACAAGCUGCCUGCCCUUCAAAUCAACGCUUCAUAUUGACAAGAACCAGCUCCAUAGUGCCAUAGAGGAGGAUUCUGAGGGAGACAAUGACUCCGAGGAGUUCUAUUACGGCGGUCAGGUGAACUACGAUGGAGAGCUUCACAAACACCCACAGCUGGAGGCUGACCUGGCAGCCGUGAGGGAAAUAUAUGGACCUCAUGCAGUAUCUCUCAGGGAAUAUGGUGCAAUUGAUGAUGUUGACAUAGAUUUACACAUCGAUGUCAGUUUCUUAGAUGAGGAAAUCGCUGUUGCCUGGGACGUGAUCAGGAGAGAGCCCGUGAUUGUGCGUAUGCACUGCUCGCUUACGCAGUACCUGAAUGGACCAGUACCAACAGUGGAUGUGUUCCAAGUGUCCACAAAGGAACGAUUCGGGCUUGGACAUCAGCUGAAAAAGAUAAUGCAGACGUUUGUCACACAACAAUGGAAGCAUCAUUGCAAAGAGAAACUGAACUGCCCACAAAACAAAAAGCUGACAGAGAAGAAGGUGAAGUCACCACUGCACAUUUUUUCAACCCUCCGCAGAUCGCCCAGCUACCCUCCCCCUGGGUGUGGGAAGAGUAAGAAGAAGCUGAAGCCGGAGCAGGACGGCGUGUCCAAGUCUCACAAGCUGCUGCACAGAACCUGCUCCGGUGCGCCAAAAGCAGAGGACGGCUGCACGUACAAGCCCCACAAGGCCCCGGACCGGCCUGCGUGUGGUGACCCGCACACGGAGCCGGCCCCGGCCACGCCCCUUCGGCCCCACAAGCUCCUCCCCCGGCCCUGCCCCGCCCCACCGACGAGGCAGGACGGCUGUGCCUCCCCGAAGCCCCGCAGGCCCCCGCCGCCGCGGCCGUGUCCGGGGGAGUCAUGCUGCGAGCGCGCCGGCCCCGCCCUCAGGCCCCCGCGCCUGCUGAGCCGCUCCUGCUCCGGCAGUGUCCGCGCCGAGGAGCUGGAUGGGCUCCGCCACCACCGGCUGCUCAGCAGGUCCUGCUCCAGCAGCACCAGGCUGGGGCGGCCCGACCCCCCCAGGGAGCCCGUCUCAGGCCAGGAGGGCAGGCGGCUCUCCCUCACCUCAGGGCUCAUGGGCAUCCUUGCCCCGUCGCUGUCCUCCCCGCCCGCACCAAACUCUGGGGCAAAAUCAAUCCCGGUGAGAGAUCGAGGCUUCCUUGUCCAGACCAUGGAAUAUGCUGAGCAGAGGAUCCCUGUCCUUAACGAGUACUGUGUGGUCUGUGAUGAGCCUCACGUGUUUCAGAACGGACCGAUGCUUAGACCAACAGUUUGUGAACGGGAGCUGUGUGUAUUUGCUUUCCAAACUCUGGGGGUUAUGAAUGAAGCUGCAGAUGAAAUUGCCACAGGAGCUCAGGUUGUGGACUUGUUGGUGUCCAUGUGCCGAUCUGCACUGGAGUCUCCAAGAAAGGUGGUCAUUUUUGAGCCAUAUCCUUCAGUGGUGGAUCCCAACGAUUCCCAAACACUGGCCUUCAACCCCCGCAAAAAGGACUAUGAUCGAGUCAUGAGAGCCCUUGACAGCCUUACAUCAAUCAGAGAAAUGACCCAGGCACCUUACUUGGAAAUUAAGAAACAGAUGGACAGACAUGAUCCACUUGCUCACCCCUUGCUGCAGUGGGUGAUAUCCAGUAACCGAUCACAUAUAGUGAAGCUCCCAGUAAACAGACAACUCAAGUUCAUGCACACGCCCCACCAGUUCCUCCUGCUCAGCAGCCCUCCUGCCAAAGAGUCCAACUUCAGAGCUGCCAAGAGCCUCUUCGGCAGCACUUUCGCUUUUCACGGCUCUCACAUAGAGAACUGGCACUCCAUCCUGAGGAAUGGUUUGGUUGUGGCGUCAAACACGAGGCUACAGCUCCAUGGCGCCAUCUAUGGGAGUGGAAUCUAUGUCAGCCCAAUGUCAAGCAUUUCCUUUGGUUACUCAGGGAUGAAUAAAAAACAGCAGAAGGUCGCCUCAAAGGAUGAGACAGCAUCAAAUAGCAAGACCAAUGCAAGUCUUCAGUCACAGAAGAAGGGGCAGCAACCACAGUUUUUGCAAAGUCGAAAUCUGAAAUGCAUAGCCUUAUGUGAAGUUAUUACUUCUCCUGAUCUGCACAAACAUGGUGAUAUAUGGGUUGUUCCAAACACAGAUCAUGUCUGUACAAGAUUUUUCUUUGUCUAUGAGGAUGGGCAGGUCGGUGACACAAGCAUCAACACGCAAGACAGCAGCAUCCACAGAGAGAUCCUGCGCGUCAUAGGCAAUCAGACUGCCACUGGCUGAAAAUGACCAGCACCACAAUGCUGCCUGACCACACUCUUCCUCUCUCAAAGCUGGAUGUUCAGAGAAAGGAAUGAGGCCAGUCUCAUUGUGCUAAUCAAAGAAAGACACUAUGUGAUUGGGAGUUGUAAAGAAGAGCUAUACCGUUUAUACACCCUGGUGUAAUCAUAAUGGUAUUUCCAAUCAAAUAGUUUAGAAUUUGAAAUGUACCUUUUUUGCAGAGUUUAUAAAUAAAGGAAUAUAUGAAGUACGUCAGAAGUCACUUCUUUCUGAUUUGACUG